UUUAAACGUGACCUAUAUGUAACUAUGAAGCCUAUAGCAUAAUGUAGAAAAAGCCGCGUUAAUACGAUUUUGCCUUGGGGUAUUAUACCCGCCAGUUGAAUGCCGACGCCGGUAAAAGCUCAUUUAAAUGAAGAAGGCGGAUCUGAGAAGCUUUAGAAAAUUUUAGUGGUAUAUACAUGUUACAAUAACAGGGGAAAUUUAGUGAAGAAAGCAGAUAUUUCAGAUACUGACGUUGGAUACCUAAUGGGCGAUGACGUCUCCAGUGCCAAACCAGACAUCAGCUUCGCCUAGAUCACUACACAAUGGCGUUUAUUCAAAGAUACCGAUGUCAGGAGUGCCAUGUCCCGCCACCCCAACACGAUAUACAGCACCUGUACAUAUAGAUGUGGGAGGUGUCAUCUACACAGCAUCUCUAGAAACACUUACGAGAUAUCCAGAAUCAAGACUUGCAAAAUUGUUCAACGGAAGCAUCCCCAUCAUCUUAGACACUCUUAAGCAACAUUACUUUAUAGACCGUGACGGAAAAACAUUCAGGCAUAUUUUGAACUAUCUCCGAUCUUCUAAAAUAAUCCUACCGGAAAACUUCUGCGAACACGAGCAGUUAUACGAGGAAGCAAAAUAUUACGAGCUGCAUGGUUUAGUCCAUCACCUUGAAAUUAUCAGAAAAGCUAAAAAUAUCAAAACAGAGAAACCUGAUUCAGCCAUUAGCGGAAGUAGCAGAGAGUUUUGUGACUGCAUCGCAGUUGCUAUAAGUCCAGAUCUUGGCGAGAGGAUUUCACUCAGUGCUGAAAAACGUCUGCUUGAAGAAGUUUUCCCUGAACUAUCGUCUGCAUUGAUGGAUUCAAGAAAUUCUGGAUUUAAUUUAGACAGUCAUUAUGUCAUUCGAUUUCCUUUGAAUGGAUUUUGUAAGCUUAAUUCUGUUCAAGUGUUUCAAAGACUGCUGAACCACAGCUUCCGUGUGGAAGCAUCGACUGGGGGUGGCGUGGAGGGACAACAAUUUAGUGAAUAUUUAUUUACGCGUAACAAUUGUAAAAAGAUUUGAGGAGAAAUUAUCACGUCAGUACUUAUUUUGUAGCUUACGGUGAACAUCAGGCUCUAAGUCUGUAUGUCAAAAUUCGCGCCACCUCUUCAUAAUAAUGCUGGACUUUUCUCUCUUGACCACUGUCCAGUAUAUUCAUUGUUGAUAUAUUUACAUCAUAUAUAUAUGUUUAUUAUACCUUAGACAUUCAUUGAAAUCCAAGUUUAGUAUUAUGUUGUUUUAUUUUGUAUUUUAUGUUAGUUAAUAAGUUAUGAAUAAAAUGUUGAUUGCGA